CCUUGGUUUACGUUUUGAGCAGAGAUUAAUUCACACAUUCGCCUCCCGCUCUUUUCCCCGAACUUCAAUUUUUCACCACUAUCUCUCUCCCAGUCUCUCUCCAUCUCUCCCUGCCUCUCUCCCUACACACACUCAUCUUUCACUACACAUCAAAUUAUUUGAAUUGAACUGAAUCUGAAGAUGAGAGAAGAAGAUGUAGAAAAGCUAAGAGGUGUGAUUAGGGACUGUAUGAGCAAGCAUCUCUACUCCUCCGCCAUCUUCUUCGCCGAUAAAGUCGCCGCCAUCACUUCCGAUCCGGCCGAUAUCUAUAUGCAAGCCCAAGCUCUCUUCCUCGGCCGCCAUUAUCGCCGUGCCUUUCAUCUCCUCAACGCCUCCAAAAUCGUCCUCCGCGAUCUCCGCUUUCGAUACCUAGCCGCCAAGUGUCUCGAAGAGCUGAAGGAGUGGGACCAAUGUCUUUUAAUGCUUGGUGAUGCUAAAGUGGAUGAAUAUGGAAAUAUUAGCCACACAAAGGAUUGCAAUCUUAUGUAUUUUGAUAAAGACGCAGAGGAUCGUGAAAUUAAUAUUUCAUCAGCUAUAUGCUUCCUUAGAGGGAAGGCCUAUGAAGCUCUAGAAAACCGUACACAGGCUCGGCUGUGGUACAAAGCUGCUGUUAAAGCUGACCCCUUAUGUUACGAGGCAUUGGAAUGCCUCAUUGACAACUAUAUGCUCACAAGUGAAGAAGAGGUAACUCUACUAUCAUCGCUGCAAUUUGCUCCUGAAGAUGAGUGGCUGUCUUCUUUCUAUUCAUGCUUAGUAAGAAAGUAUGAUAAAGAAAAUACUGUUGAAGCCAAAUUCAAAGAACUAGAACAAGAAGGCUCUGAUAUUAAAUCAUCCAAUCAGUCCAUAUGUACAUUGAAAAACAACACUGAUCUGCUGGCUUGCAAGGCCGAGUACUACCAUCAGUGUGGUGAAUACCAAAAAUGCUUUGAAUUAACUUCGGAUUUGCUCGAAAAAGACCCUUUUCAUCUGAAAUGUACCUUAGUACAUUUAGCAGCUGCUAUGGAAUUGGGGCACUCAAAUGAGCUCUAUCUUAUGGCAUGCAACUUGACAAAGGAUUAUCCUCAAAAGGCUCUGUCUUGGUUUGCCGUUGGUUGCUAUUAUUAUUGCAUUAAAAAAUAUGAUCAAUCAAGGCGUUAUUUCAGCAAGGCUACAAGUUUCGAUAGAACCUUUCCUCCAGCUUGGAUAGGUAUUGGAAAUGCUUAUGCAGCUCAAGAGGAAGGUGAUCAAGCAAUGUCAGCGUAUCGCACUGCUGCUCGUUUAUUUCCUGGGUGCCACUUACCAACUCUAUACAUUGGGAUGGAACAUAUGCGGACUAACAGCUUUAAACUUGCUGACCAGUUUUUGACACAGGCAAAAACAAUCUGUCCAUCUGAUCCACUUGUACAGAAUGAACUUGGAGUUAGUGCAUAUCAUAUAAAGGAGUAUAUAACAGCUGUAUAUUGGUUUAAGAAGACCCUGGCUCACAUUCCGUCCUCUUUAAGUGUAAUGUGGGAGCCAACGGUGGUUAAUCUAGCACACGCAUUACGGAAAUUAAGGAGGUACCAGGAGGCAAUUUCUUACUAUGAAAAGGCACUGACAUUAUCAACCAGAAGCGUAAGCACUUAUGCAGGUCUUGCGUAUACUUAUCACUUGCAGGAUAAUUACAGCGAUGCAAUUACGUAUUAUCAUAAGGCGUUGUGGCUAAAUCCCGAGGACCAAUUCUGCACGGAAAUGUUGACAUUAGCUCUUGCAGAUGAAAGCCGCAGUGGCAUUGAUUCCAUAACUAAAUCUCGGCGAGGCGAGCUGUUUAUGUAGUAGAACUAGAACUGGAAUGAUAAGAGGCUGUAUUUAUGUUGUAAUUGUACUAUAUCCAAUAUGUAGGCAGCAACUUUAUUUUUUUCUUGAAAGUGGAGAAAUAGAGCUGUUAGUGUUACAUUUGUAUUUAGCAUAAAAGAAAUUAUUUUUU